AUGACCUCAAUGUCACCUUACGACCGUGCUGUCGACACGGUGGAAGCUUCCCCCAGCCAGAAUGGCACCUCUCCGCGCCAGGCUUCUACACCGAAGCAAGUCUCCUUUGAGCUCAUGUUCACUGGAGCCCAUGCUCGUGCGCGCUUGCCGAUGCGUGUUCAAAUCUACCCUCACGAUACCACAGAGUCCAUUGUGACGACUGUCAAAAACUUCUACGGUCUCUACACCGGCCCAUCGGGCGCCAAGGGCGUUAGCUUUGAGGAUAAGGAUGGCAAUACCCUCAUUGCUCGCUACGAGAACUUCUACCACAACAUGACCAUUUACGUGAGGGUCUUUGAGGAGUUUCCGGCCGAACAAAGCGUCAAUGCGACCGCCCCAUUUCAGGGUCCGGCUGUGCUUGCCAACGGCUAUCAUCACGGCGAGGGCCCUGCCGCUUUCCAUGCCCAUCGCCCAUCGCAUGAUUUUGGCCGCCCUGCUCCAAGAGUAUCAAGGCAACGUAGCCGAUCUCCUGGAUCUUCCAAGUCCCAAAGAGACGCAUCCGUCGGCAGCACUGGUCAGAAGCGUCGCUCACGGUCCGCAAAGCAACCAACUGCGCUGGGUCAAGCAGAUACCUACAGCGAGAGCGUGGGCGGCUAUAGCAGUGAUGACGGUGCUGCCCACAGCACGACGUCUGCGCGGACCAAAGAGCAACUCGGCAAUACCGAUAUCAGUGUCGAGAAUAUUGUCGAGGGCGGCCGUCGGAAGAGGGCAAAAUUUGACAGCUCGGAACUACCAUUGUUCGCGCCUCCGCAGAUGCCCGCUGCUACUAGCAACCCUUCCGUUUCGCCUGCCCGUCGCAUGGAAUCGUAUCGACCCUCCUUGCCCUCUGUCCACGCCGGUCAGAAUCCCUUUACCAACCCUCGGCCGAUGCAGGCUUCGCAAGCCUACAACAACAUGCAGCACAAUAACAUGUACGCCCCGCAAAGUGCCGAGGGUCGCCGGGCGCGCAACACCAGCAUCAGCAUGACCGGCCAGGGCAUCCUCCCAACCCCCGACCCAACUGUGGGCAGCACCGUGUCCGAGGAAGACAAGGACGUUGCGCUGCAGCUCAUGCGACUCGGAGACAUGUCCAACAUUUCACACGGUCGCACAUCCGGCUCCACGCUCGAUGACAUGUUCAGCGGCAGAGCCGAUGCCCCGUCAUCGACUGGCGCUACAAGCGACAGCGAGAGCGACAGUGGCAGCGACUUGCCUCCUGCUCGUCGCCAAAAGGUGGACGCCAACGGCUACGUGAAGCCCAGCAUCUAUCAGACCACUGAGUCCCGCUUCGUGCCGCCUCCCGUUGUCGAUGACCACAAGCCCCGGCCCAAUGGGUCAAAGCCGAAGUCAUCCUCUGCCACAAAGCCCAAGAGCAAGCUGCCCAAGGCUCCUCGCCCAGCCACUCAGACGGUCGUGAAAGAUAUCCCGCUCAGCACCGGAGGACCCAUAUCGCCAAACUCGGCUGCGUCCUCCCGCAAACCAUCCAUCGCCUCUGUCAAUGGCCCUGCGCAGCCCGGCGAUGACGAUCAUCCUGACUUGUCGAGCAAGCCACGCUGCCAGCGCUGCCGAAAGUCAAAGAAGGGCUGCGACCGACAGCGUCCCUGCGGGCGCUGCCGCGACGCUGGUCUGACUGCUGAGCAGUGUAUCAGCGAGGACGAGGGUAACGGUCGCAAAGGACGUUAUGGACGCCACAUGGGCGUUCCCAUCAAGAAGGAUGAGGCAGAGGCCCUCGCGACCAUGACCCAGCCCACUCUUCUACCUGCAGCGCCCAUUGCACUACCCCCCAUGAUCGCGUCGGCAGACAAGGCGAAGAAGCGCAAGCGGUAA